AUGGCAGCAACGGUUAAAAAAUCAAGUAGUGAUGGUGAGUGGACAGUGGUCUUACCUAGUAAAGGAAGACAUGGAAGAAGAAGAAAACCGAAACCAAAGGUUCAAGAAGAAGAAGAAGAAGAGAAACCAUGGAUAUCAGAUGAUCUUGAAAUUGAUCCACAGAGGCAAGCAAGACUAAACAAAAAGAUGGAAAUCUCUAUGAACAAAAUCGAAACCUCAGAGUUCUACACAUCAUUCUUAAACCAGCUCAAGUCUCCAGAGGUUUCAGAACAGUUUCGACUCGUGUUAGCCUCCGAAACGCAGCUUCAGAUGGUGAUGUACGGCAUAGGCAGCAUCGAGUCUUACGAAUCUCCGAGGCUUCAGCUGAGCAUUGCAAUCUUGAUGAAGAGAGAGUUUGAUUGGGUUGGUGACAUCGAAGUGUUCGAUCCAGUCCUCUCUGCAACUGAAUCUAGUGUCUUAGAGUCUCUUGGAUGCACUGUUCUAUCAGUGAACGAGCAAGCUCGCAGGGAAGCUUUAAAGCCUACUCUUUUCUUCAUGCCUCACUGUGAGGCCAAUCUGUACAGCAACCUGUUGCAGGCAAACUGGAGAUUUGAUCGGUUGUCUAGAAUCGCCUUGUUUGGGAACAGCUUUCAGAUGUAUGAGGAGCAAGUGACGUUAGACCCGGAAGUGGUACGUGCCACCAAAAGAAUCGUAGCUGCACGAGGAAUCGCAAGCGAGUUUGCUAUUGAGACUGUGUCAGAUGAAUUUUUUGCAGCUUUCCAUGAUUCAAGCUGGCAUUUUUUCAGCGCUGGUGUUGAUUCAGAGCUGCCAUUGUUGGUUUCAGAGGGAUUUUAG